AUGUCCUUGCUAUCUGACCGGCAGAAGGAGGAACUCCACAAAUCUAUCCUCGAAUAUCUGCAUGCGAACAGCUUCACAGACGCGUUCGACUCGCUCAAGUUAGACGCGGGCGUAGAAUACAAACCGGACCCGAAGUCCAAGUAUGCGGGGCUCCUGGAGAAGAAGUGGACCAGUGUCAUACGGUUGCAAAAGAAGAUUAUGGACUUGGAGAACCGGAACGCGGCACUGCAAGAAGAGCUCUCGCUAUCUCCAGCCAAACGCGCCGCAUUGCAGACGGAUUGGGUGCCUAGAGCUCCAGCAGCAUAUGUACUGACGGGGCACCGUGGCUCAGUGCUGAAGGUGGCUUUCCAUCCGACAUUCAACCUCAUCGCAUCAGCAAGUGAAGACGCGACAGUGAAGAUUUGGGACUGGGAGACCGGCGAAUUCGAGCGCACGCUGAAGGGGCAUACGAGGACGGUGAAUGAUGUCGACUUUGAUAGUAAGGGAAAUCUGCUGGUUACAUGUUCUUCGGACCUAUUCAUCAAGGUAUGGGAUGUGCAGAACGAUUGGAAGAACACCAAGACCUUUCCUGGCCACGAACAUACAGUUUCCUCCGUCCGAUUCAUGCCGGGUGAUCAACAAAUCGUCAGUGCCAGUCGAGAUCGAACGAUACGGAUAUUCGAUGUCGCGUCUACACAUCUGAUUCGAACCAUCUCGGUACAUUCAGAUUGGGUACGGUGUGUGGAGCCCUCAGAAGACGGGCGGUUGUUAGCCAGUUGUGGCAAUGAUCAAACUGCUCGCAUCACGGACCCGCUCACAGGGGAAAUGAAAAUGGAGCUGAGAGGCCAUGAGCACACUGUUGAAGUUGUUGUGUUCGCUCCUGUGAAUGCCUAUGCAGCAAUCCGCGAGUUGGGAGGCAUCCCAAACCGAGACCGUUCAAAACGCCCUGGUGCAUAUGCUGUAACGGGUGGGCGAGACAAGACUAUCAAGAUUUGGGACACACAGACCGGCCAGAUGAUCCGAAGUUUGGCCGGCCACGAUAAUUGGGUCCGCGCAUUAGUCUUCCAUCCCAGCGGGAAGUUCCUUCUGUCUGCUGGGGACGACUACAAGAUACGCGUAUGGGAACUUGCAACCGGGCGUUGUGUCAAGACCGUCGAGGCGCACGGGCACUUUGUGACGUGUUUAGCUUGGGGACGGCAGGCACCAGCGCAGAGCUCAACAAAUGGCACCCAGGUGAAUGGUGCCGCGGCAGACGGUAAAGCAGCCGAAGCCGAGAAGUUUGUCAAUGUUGUCGCAUCUGGCUGCGUUGACCAAACUAUCAAGAUAUGGCUACCAUAA